AUGUCUUCUGGCAACGAUAACAACAACAACCUUCUCGCACCCCUGGCGAACCUCCUUGGAGGCGUCGGCGAUACCCUAGGAAAGACCGUGGGCGGACUCGGAGACACUGUCGGAAGCACUGUAGGAGGACUCGGAGACACUGUGGGAAACACUGUGGGAGGACUCGGUCAGACUGCCGGCGGUGCGACUCAGGGUCUUGGAAAGACUGUUGGCGGUGCCACUGAAGGCCUGGGCAACACAACCCGGGGCGUCGGACAGUCGACUGGAGACAUUCUUAGCAGCAUCAAUGGCGACAGAUCCGGUGCGAAUGCUGAUCGGAAGUAA